GUUUUGUCCUUUCGUAGAAUCUGUUUCCUGUUUAUUAUUUUCAUGGAAAGUCGUCUAUCACACCACGUAUGUAGUAAUUAUCAUAGUACAUGUCUACGAUUCCAGCGUGAGUGACGUAAGGCGGAAGCUGAAAGAAUCAAAUGGUUAACGUCAGCAAAGCUGUCAAACUGUGUUCUAGAGAUAUCGCCCUCUUCCCCGAGCAAACUGGCUACAUAGGGCUCUAAAAAGGAGCUAUCAGUGAGCUAACUCUGUAUAUUGUGCUACGUUGAACCAAAACCCAUAGUCACCAUGGAUACUCUCUACACUUAUAGAUUACUACCACCCACGUAUACCAACACGAAGGACCCUGAAUACAGUUAUAGACUAGUGAAGCUCGAACUUGUAGACUGCUGGCAAACUCCAGACCUGAACAUCAUCAUCAAACAAGAAGAGGAGGAGGAAGAGGAUAGCUUUCUACAUGUUAAAGAAGAGGAGGAGGAAGAGAAUAUCUCUGUACAUGUUAAAGAGGAGGAGGAGGAAGAGGAUAUCUCUGUACAAGUUAAAGAAGAAGAUCAUGCUUUCAUGGUCAAAGUAGAGGAGGAGGAGAAGGACAAAGCUCUUGUAGUUGAAGAAGAAGAAGAAGAAGAGGAGGAGGGUGGUUUUGCAGUCAAAGAAGAAGAAGAGGAAGAAGCUAUAGGAGUUUUUAUUUUUUCUGACGGAAACUGCAACCAGUGGCCUGUCAGUGGGAAGAGUCCCUCCGUAUCAGAAGAACCUCAACAACAACCAAAACAAAAACACACUCGACCAAAGAAACAGCAAAAACAGACCCAGGAACGCCACCACUCCCCUCUGUACUGCCCCGACUGUGGGGUGACCUUUGUCAGCCCUGGGAUACUGAACGCGCACCGCAGAAUCCACCAGCCCAGAAUAAUCCACACCACCACCACUACCACUACCGGUGAGCCGUCUCACUACUGCCACGACUGCGGCAAGACCUUCGACACCGCCCGCUACCUCAACAAGCACCGCUUGGUUCACACAGCAGAGAGGACGCACCACUGCUCUCAGUGUGACCGGAGCUUCCUGAGACUCCAGCAUCUCAAAGAACACCAGAGAACCCACAGCGGAGAGAAGCCUCACUACUGCUCCGUGUGUGGGAAGGGCUUCACCAAGGUCCGACUGCUCCGGACACACCAACGGCUGCACGCCGUGGAGGGGGCUGACGUCGUCGGGGACGGGACGGGGAGGAAGGAGGGUAGUGGGGUGGUGAUGUCAGCGAUGGGACGGAAGAGAGCUCUGAGAGUUCUGGCCGGAGUGGACUACUACUACUGCUCUGAGUGUGGGAAGAGCUUCUCCAGUGCGGCCUAUCUUAAGGUGCAUCAGAAGGCUCACACAGGAGACAAACCAUAUCAGUGUGCUCACUGUAAGAAGUCAUUCGGCACGUCAUGGGGUUUAAAGGUUCACCGGCAGAAUCGCUCUGGAGAGAAGCCCCACCAGUGCGCCGACUGUGGGAAGAGGUUCUCGGACCUGCGCAGCCACAAAGCCCACCAGAGCACCCACACUGGAGAGAAACCAUACACAUGCCCUGUCUGUGGAAAAGGCUUUGCCUGGCAAAAGAGCCUACAGAAACACCAGGCCACACACAGCAGCAGUGGUGGUGGAAUCAUAGAAGUAUAUAUAGAAUAAUGUAUGAUAUCCUGGAGGGUUUCACUCCAACCUCAAUCUAGCAGGUUAUUUACAACUACGGGACAGGAGGGUAGCUCUCCAGGAACAGGGUUGGGUUAUAGGAGGGUAGCUCUCCAGGAACAGGGUUGGGUUAUAGGAGGGUAGCUCUCCAGGAACAGAGUUGGGUUACAGGAGGGUAGCUCUCCAGGAACAGGGUUGGGUUAUAGGAGGGUAGCGCUCCAGGAACAGGGUUGGGUUAUAGGAGGGUAGCUCUCCAGGAACAGGGUUGGGUUACAGGAGGGUAGCUCUCCAGGAACAGGGUUGGGUUACAGGAGGGUAGCUCUCCAGGAACAGGGUUGGGUUAUAGGAGGGUGGCUCUCCAGGAACAGGGUUGGGUUAUAGGAGGGUAGCUCUCCAGGAACAGAGUUGGGUUACAGGAGGGUAGCUCUCCAGGAACAGGGUUGGGUUACAGGAGGGUGGCGCUCCAGGAACAGGGUUGGGUUAUAGGAGGGUAGCUCUCCAGGAACAGGGUUGGGUUAUAGGAGGGUAGCUCUCCAGGAACAGAGUUGGGUUACAGGAGGGUGGCGCUCCAGGAACAGGGUUGGGUUAUAGGAGGGUAGCUCUCCAGGAACAGGGUUGGGUUAUAGGAGGGUAGCUCUCCAGGAACAGAGUUGGGUUACAGGAGGGUGGCGCUCCAGGAACAGGGUUGGGUUAUAGGAGGGUAGCUCUCCAGGAACAGGGUUGGGUUAUAGGAGGGUAGCUCUCCAGGAACAGAGUUGGGUUACAGGAGGGUGGCGCUCCAGGAACAGGGUUGGGUUAUAGGAGGGUAGCUCUCCAGGAACAGGGUUGGGUUAUAGGAGGGUGGCGCUCCAGGAACAGGGUUGGGUUAUAGGAGGGUAGCUCUCCAGGAACAGAGUUGGGUUACAGGAGGGUGGCGCUCCAGGAACAGGGUUGGGUUAUAGGAGGGUAGCUCUCCAGGAACAGGGUUGGGUUAUAGGAGGGUAGCUCUCCAGGAACAGAGUUGGGUUACAGGAGGGUGGCAAUCCAGGAACAGGGUUGGGUUAUAGGAGGGUAGCUCUCCAGGAACAGAGUUGGGUUACAGGAGGGUGGCGCUCCAGGAACAGGGUUGGGUUAUAGGAGGGUAGCUCUCCAGGAAUAGGGUUGGGUUAUAGGAGGGUAGCGCUCCAGGAACAGAGUUGGGUUACAGGAGGGUGGCGCUCCAGGAACAGGGUUGGGUUAUAGGAGGGUAGCUCUCCAGGAACAGAGUUGGGUUACAGGAGGGUAGCUCUCCAGGAACAGGGUUGGGUUAUAGGAGGGUAGCUCUCCAGGAACAGAUUUGGGUUUAUAGCAGGGUAGCGCUCCAGGAACAGGGUUGGGUUAUAGGAGGGUAGCUCUCCAGGAACAGGGUUGGGUUAUAGGAGGGUAGCUCUCCAGGAACAGAGUUGGGUUACAGGAGGGUGGCGCUCCAGGAACAGGGUUGGGUUAUAGGAGGGUAGCUCUUCAGGAACAGGGUUGGGUUAUAGGAGGGUAGCUCUUCAGGAACAGGGUUGGGUUAUAGGAGGGUAGCUCUCCAGGAACAGGGUUGGGUUAUAGGAGGAUAGCUCUCCAGGUUAAUCAAGUCACAUCACCUGGAUUUUAACUUUUAUUUUAAGCCUUUCCAGAAAUGAGAAUUAGAUUCAAAAUUUACAUUUACAUUUAAGUCAUUUAGCAGACGCUCUUAUCCAGAAAAUGAAAGCAAUGGUCUCAGUGUGGUGCCGGAGAACGGGGCUGGACCAGCUGACAUAAAAAGAUGGGGCUGGACCAGCUGACAUUAAAAGAUGGGGCUGGACCAGCUGACAUAAAAAGAUGGGGCUGGACCAGCUGACAUUAAAAGAUGGGGCUGGACCAGCUGACAUAAAAAGACGGGGCUGGACCAGCUGACAUUAAAAGAUGGGGCUGGACCAGCUGACAUUAAAAGAUGGGGCUGGACCAGCUGACAUAAAAAGAUGGGGCUGGACCAGCUGACAUUAAAAGAUGGGGCUGGACCAGCUGACAUAAAAAGAUGGGGCUGGACCAGCUGACAUAAAAAGAUGGGGCUGGACCAGCUGACAUAAAAAGAUGGGGCUGGACCAGCUGACAUAAAAAGAUGGGGCUGGACCAGCUGACAUUAAAAGAUGGGACUGACCAGCUGACAUAAAAAGAUGGGGCUGGACCAGCUGACAUUAAAAGAUGGGGCUGACCAGCUGACAUAAAAAGAUGGGGCUGGACCAGCUGACAUUAAAAGAUGGGGCUGGACCAGCUGACAUUAAAAGAUGGGGCUGGACCAGCUGACAUUAAAAGAUGGGGCUGGACCAGCUGACAUAAAAAGAUGGGGCUGGACCAGCUGACAUUAAAAGAUGGGGCUGGACCAGCUGACAUUAAAAGAUGGGACUGGACCAGCUGACAUUAAAAGAUGGGGCUGGACCAGCUGACAUUAAAAGAUGGGGCUGGACCAGCUGACAUUAAAAGAUGGGACUGGACCAGCUGACAUUAAAAGAUGGGGCUGGACCAGCUGACAUAAAAAGAUGGGGCUGGACCAGCUGACAUUAAAAGAUGGGGCUGGACCAGCUGACAUAAAAAGAUGGGGCUGGACCAGCUGACAUUAAAAGAUGGGGCUGACCAGCUGACAUAAAAAGAUGGGGUUGGACCAGCUGACAUUAAAAGAUGGGGCUGGACCAGCUGACAUUAAAAGAUGGGGCUGGACCAGCUGACAUAAAAGAUGGGGCUGGACCAGCUGACAUAAAAGAUGGGGCUGGACCAGCUGACAUAAAAGAUGGGGCUGGACCAGCUGACAUAAAAAAGAUGGGGCUGGACCAGCUGACAUUAAAAGAUGGGGCUGGACCAGCUGACAUAAAAAAGAUGGGGCUGGACCAGCUGACAUAAAAGAUGGGGCUGGACCAGCUGACAUAAAAGAUGGGGCUGGACCAGCUGACAUUAAAAGAUGGGGCUGGACCAGCUGACAUAAAAAGAUGGGGCUGGACCAGCUGACAUAAAAAGAAAAGGGGACAGUUUGAUUAAAAGCUUUAAAUAAAAGUAAAAAUUCAGGUCAAAACACAGGGCCCUAAUUAUAGAAACACCGGAUGGUAAUGCUCUGUCUUGGAUGAGGUAAUGCUGAUGUGUCAGGACUGUUUUAAUUAACACAGCGGAUGGUAAUGCUCUCUCUUGGAUGAGGUAAUGCUGUUGUGUCAGAAGGACUGUUUUAAUUACAUCAAAAUGUCACAUGAGUAUGUGACUUGUAAUUUAUAUAUUUUAGAUGUUUAUAUUCAUACACAAAUGUAGUUUGUAAGCCUAGUUUUUGUUCUCUCAACGUGUUCUUUGGAUGGAUUGUGCAACAGGUGAUGGCUAUCUUUUCUUUCCCCGACAGCAAAAUGUUCUCACUAUAACAUGAAGUGUUUGGAGUAAUGUUUGGAUCUGAAAUGAAUGGAUGAUGAAAAUAGACAUGGUCAGUUGUUGCACUCCG